UUUUUCACUUUUACACUGGCUUAACGGCACGUGGUUGCUAUGGAUACAGAGCGGGUGGAGACAGUGAGCGUUACCACCACCUAGUGGUGAGAUGAGCAAUUCGCCAGUCUGCUCUGUCUGGAUUCGUUGCUUUCAUCAGGAUCAAUGAGUCGCAUUUAAUUGGGCAAUUGUCGAAAUUGUCGUCGCUGUUGUUCAACGAGUCUUCGUGCUGCAGGGGGUCAUGAUUGGAUUGCUUCUAAUCUCUCGGGCAAGCACGAUGUUUAAUCCCAAAACGCCGUUCUCCAGCUUCUUGUGAAUUCCUGCUGCUCGAAGUCACCAUGCAAGGAUCGAGUCUGAUCUCUCGAACGUGGAAGCCGGCACGUGGCAAUGCCUCAGACCGAUUCUCUCACCCUGACGGGCAUCCCCUCUCAAGGUUCCUCUUGUUGCUCCUGGCCUGUCUGUGUGCGAUGUCACGCCCGGGCUUGGGAGCCUCGUUUCGGGUCGGGGUUGUGGGGCCCUGGGAGUGCGACCCCGUCUUUGCCAAGGCCCUGCCCCAUGUGGCGGCACAAUUGGCUGUAAACCGCAUCAACAAGGACCCCUUGCUGUCCUACGCGGCCACUUUUGACUACACCGUGCUGCAUGAGCCGUGCGACACCUCAAGAGCUCUGCAAAAGUUUGUGGCUUUCCACACCAAAGCGUCAGCUUUCGUGGGACCGGCCAACCCGGGUUACUGUGAUGCUGCCUCAAUGCUGAGCAAAGGCUGGAAUAAAGCUUUGUUUGCGUGGGGCUGCGUCGGCUACGAGUUAGACCGCAUCUGGAGCCACCCGACCUUUGUCCGCUCCAUGCCCAGGCCCACAUGGGUACUUUUACGAAUCAUGAGAUAUUUCAGGUGGGCUCACGUUGGCAUCAUCUCUGCUUCGGAUGACGUCUGGGUGGAGACGGCGAACAAGGUUGCCGAAUCCCUCCGGGCUCACACUCUGCCUGUCAGACUGGUCAGAGUUAUGGAGGACACCCCCCACGGAAUCAGAAGAACUCUGGCUAAAGUUCGUAAAAUGAGAGAAAUACGAGUUCUGAUCCUCUGCAUGCACUCAGCGCUGAUUGGUGGCGAGCUUCAGAAGCACCUCUUGGAGACGGCCUACGACAUGCAAAUGAUUGACGGCUCGCUGGUCUUCGUGCCCUAUGACACGCUCCUCUACAGCCUCCCGUACCGUAACGUGAGCCAUCCGGCCCUGAGGAGCAACCGCAAACUGCUGCGGGCCUACGACGCCACGCUCACCGUCACGGUCGACUCGCCCCGGGUGUCAUUUAUCGAGGCCUACGCGGAGGCCAUGGAGAAAGGCGAGGUGGCGAACACCGUCAAACCCCAGCAGGUGUCUCCUCUCUUCGGCACCAUCUACAACUCUGUGGUCCUCGUUGCUCACGCCGCGCAGCGCGUUCGAUAUUCCAAGCAGUGGAUGUCGGGUGGGAAUGUAGCGCAACAAGCGCGUAACCACAACUUUGAGGGCUUCAGCCAUCCCAUAAAAUCGGACUCUUCUGGAAGCGUGUUAUUGGAUUACGUCAUCCUGGACACGGACGGACUCUCGUGUGAGCUGACACCAACACACAGGCUCGACAUGGAGGCCGACUCGGUGCACUUCCUGGGUCGAGACAUCCACUUUCCUCUCGGCUCGGCACCCAGGCGGGAUGCCCAGUGCUGGUUCACUCCAGGUGUCAUCUGCUCAGGAGGUGUGGAUCUUUUUUCCACCGUUAGCAUCGUGCUCGGAGCCACUGGCGCCUGUGUGCUGGCCAUGGUGCUGAUUUAUUUUAUCCGGCGACGUAUCAACCAGAUCCGGCUGGUCAGGGGUCCGAACAAGAUCCUGCUGACUCUUGCGGAUGUUACCUUUAUCAACCCAUCGCUUAGCAACAAGAAGCUAAACCUCGACGACAGCCUGGCGAGUGGGCCCAGGAGCGUUUCGCAAUGCAGCGUCACGUCCCCCGCCUCAGCCCGAUCACCCGCCACAUACGAAAACUCCAAUGUUGUCAUUUUCGAGGGGGACUGGGCGUGGCUCAAGAGACUUCCCGAUGGCUCGUUUAGCAACAUCAACCCUAAAACGAGUCACUUGUUUGAGCUGAUGAAGGACAUGCGACACGAGAACGUCAACCCUUUCCUGGGCUUCUUCCUCGACUGCGGCGUGUUCGCCAUCGUGACAGAGUUCUGCUCCAGGGGAAGCCUGGAAGAUCUGCUCCUGAAUGAUGACGUCAAGCUGGACUGGAUGUUCAAGUCCUCCCUGCUGCUGGAUUUGAUCAAGGGUAUGAAGUACCUCCACCACUGCGGUGUCCCUCAUUCCCAUCUGAAGUCUCGUAACUGCGUUGUGGACGGGCGCUUCGUGUUGAAGAUCACAGACUACGGCUACAACGAGGUUCUGGAAGCUCAGAAGUUCCCAUACGUGGAACCACCCGCCGAUGAGUUGCUGUGGACGGCUCCAGAGCUCCUCCGAGGCCCUCAGCCAGGCCUGCACGGGACGCUGGCCGGCGACGUGUACAGCUUCGCCAUCAUCAUGCAGGAGGUGGUUAUCCGAGGGCCUCCCUUUUGCAUGCUGUAUCUUUCGGCUGCAGAUGUGCUUGAGAAGCUGCGCAAACCGCCUCCUCUGUGUCGCCCGCUGGUGAGUUUGGACUGUGCUCCGUUGGAGUGCAUCCAGCUGAUGAAACAGUGCUGGAACGAACAGGCGGAAAAGAGACCCGCGUUCGAAGAGAUAUUUGACAAGUUCAAGGACAUCAACAAAGGCAGAAAGACCAACAUCAUCGACUCCAUGCUGCGGAUGCUGGAGCAGUACUCAUCCAACCUGGAGGAGCUGAUCCGAGAGCGAACCGAGGAGCUGGAGAUCGAGAAGCAGAAGACGGAGAAGCUCCUGACGCAGAUGCUGCCUCCAUCCGUGGCGGAAGCGCUGAAGAUGGGCGGCACGGUGGUGCCCGAGUAUUUCGACAGCGUGUCUCUCUACUUCAGCGACAUCGUGGGCUUCACCACCAUCUCGGCCAACAGCGAGCCGAUCGAGGUGGUCAACCUGCUCAACAGCCUCUACACGCUCUUCGACGCCAUCAUCGGCAACCAUGACGUUUACAAGGUGGAGACGAUCGGCGACGCCUACAUGGUCGCAUCGGGCGUCCCCGUUCCCAACGGCAACCGGCACGUGGCGGAGAUUGCUAACAUGUCCCUCGACAUCCUGAGCGCGGUGGGAACCUUCAAGAUGAGACACAUGCCCGAUGUUCCCGUCAGGAUCCGCAUUGGACUGCACACAGGUCCAUGCGUAGCGGGAGUUGUCGGUCUCACCAUGCCGCGCUAUUGUUUAUUCGGAGACACGGUGACCACCGCCUCUCGCAUGGAGUCCAGCGGCCUGCCCUACAGGAUCCACGUGCACCAGGACACAGUCCAAGUCCUGCGUGAGCUCAACCUGGGCUACAAACUGGAGCUGAGGGGAAGGACAGAAGCCAAGGGGAAAGGAACAGAAGAGACCUAUUGGCUUGUUGGGAGGGACGGAUUUGACAAACCUCUUCCUGUCCCUCCGGAGCUCAAAUCGGGGCAAAUGGCCCACGGGCUGCAGAUGGCCGAGAUAGCGCAGCACAAAAAGCGGCAGGCCGAGAAGCAGCGACAGGAACAACUUGCAAAGAAGAAAAACUGAGCGCGGCCAGCAAAGAGGCAAAGGGCCUGAAGCGGGUGUUGAGGAAGAUCUCGCGUCGUCCGUCAUACGACAUCGUCACGAUGCCGCGUCACCGAGCCCCCCCCCCAGCUGUACCAGUGGUGGAACCUCGGGUUGCGUUCUUUGGUCAAACCUUUCUCUGUGAACACUCGGGUGAAAGUUGGGAUGAGCAUCAGCCAAACUUGUCGAGGCGGACUCAUGUCAGCUGCUAUGAAUAGAAGAGGAGCGACUCAGCAAAGCGGGGAUCUGCCUGUCAGUCACCAACGGACGAAAGCAGCUUAUCGUCUCGGUUCUUCUUCAGGCUCCUUUUCCUUUUCUCUGGUAAACAAAUCGGCAGGCAGGUGGGGGGGGGAACUUCUCUUUUAACUCCACAGUAGUUAUAAAGGUUAUCUGACAUUACCACUUUGCAUCGGACUAUCUGAAUAACUAAAUACAAGCCAAACCAAAAAAUAAUGUAAACACAGCAUUUUCUUGCGGCCGAGAGUAAAUGAUUUCUUUAAA